AUGCUACCCGUCAUCCACCUUGCGGUUUUCGCUAUCGCUUUCUGUUUAUCAACAGCAAGUGACAUCAAGUACGGUGGGUCUCCGAAAGCCGUCGGCCCUUGUAUCCUAAACAGAUGUCCACGUGGAUUCGAAUGCGACGAUGCUGAGUGUGUACCGGAUGUCAACCAAAUCGAAGAACUUGGACCGUGUGUCAACAAUCUUUGCCCAAAGACGUAUCAGUGCAACGACAACGUCUGCAUUCGGCCAAUACCAAAAGCACGUGAAGGCGCCGACCCGAUUGGUCCAUGUGUAAACGAUAAAUGCCCGGAUGGUCAUCUGUGUGUUUCGGACGAAUACAAGUGUUAUCCUAUGGAUUAA